UCAACCUCGCACUUAAUGAUAGGCGAUAACAAUCGAAAAGCACACACGCAAAGUAUAAAAGAUUUAAGAAAGAAGUUUUGGUGUGCAUUACGUUACGAAGGUUUGUUAAGGAAACCAGUAGCUCCGUCUGAACCAAUUCGCCUAAUAACAUUUCGACAUCAGCUUAUACAUAUUCAACAUAUUCACGAACCUACAAACCCAGUGAUGGCCGGGCGCGAAUAUCCCCCAAUCGCUAUUAUUGGCAUAGGUUGCAGACUGCCAGGUGGUGUGACGUCGACUGAUGAUUUUUGGACGGUUCUCCGGGACGGUAAAGACUGCAUCGGUGAGGUACCAGCUGAGCGUUGGUCCCUGGACUCAUUUCAUGAUUAUGAUCAAACCAAACAAGGCAAGAUGGUAUCUAGAAGAAGCGGUUUCAUAGAUGGUAUUGACCAGUUCGACAAUACAUUUUUCAAGAUCUCACCGAAGGAGGCUUCAUCGAUGGACCCUCAACAGAGAAUGUUACUAGAGGUUACACAUGAAGCUUUUGAAGAUGCUGGGAUUGUACCACAGGAGUUAGAGUCAUCUUGCGGAGUUUUUGUUGGUAUUGGUUUAAUGGAUUAUGGUAUAAUGGGAUCAAGUAUAUCUACUAUUAACGCAUAUACCCUCACUGGCUCAGCACAUAGUGUCGCAGCUAACAGGCUUUCUUAUGCAUUUAAUCUUAAGGGUCCUAGCUACGCAGUAGACACAGCAUGCGCUUCAUCAAUGACAGCUAUGCAUUUAGCAUGUUCUGCAAUGUGGAACCAAGAAUGUGACAUGGCAGUACUUGCUGGAGCCAAUGCUUUGAUUAUCCCAGAAACAACAAUAGGAUUUAGCUCACUUGGCGUUCUGUCACCAGAUGGUAAAUGCUGUCCAUUCUCUGAUUCGGCAAAGGGUUACGUCAGAGGUGAAGGUUGGGGAACGAUGAUUCUGAAACCCCUUGAUCAAGCAAUAAAAGACAACGAUCAUAUUUAUGCUCAAAUCGUCGGUACAUACAUAGCAGCCAAUGGUCACAGUAACAGCCUUACAAUGCCAUCUAAGCCCGCACAACAACAUACAAUGGAAGAAACCUACAGACGAUUUGGGGUCAACAUGGCUGAUGUCGAUUACCUCGAAGCCCAUGGAACCGGUACACCAGUAGGAGAUCCAAUCGAGGCAGAAGCUAUAGGAAAUGCGUUUGGGCCUCAUAGAAAUAAGCCUCUUAAAAUCGGAUCUGUUAAGAGCAACUUUGGUCAUAGUGAAUGCGCAGCUGGUGCAGUAUCCUCCAUCAAAGCGGCACUUAUGCUUCACAAAGGCUAUUUAGUUCCAACCAUUAACUACACAGCACCAAAUGUUAAUAUACAUCUUGAUGAAUGGAAACUUCACGUCCAAACCUCUCUCCAACCAUUUCCUAAAGAUAAAGAUAUCAUUGUUGGUAUAAACAGCUUCGGUUUUGCAGGAGCUUUAGCCCAUGCCAUCAUGCAGUCACCACCACCACAAAAGCAGAAGGCAAUACAGCAACCGGCAGGUUGGGGCUUCAACAGCAAUUUAGGUGAAGGUGAAUCCAUCAUCAUACCCUUAUCUGCCAAGUCUUCAGCUGCGUUGACAGAUACAGCAUUACUUUGGAAGAGUUUUGAGAGUAACGAAGAUGCACUAAGGGUUGUCGGCUGGCAGGCUACCAAACGAGCGCAUCACGAAUGUCGUCUUGCAAUAACAGCAAAUUCUCAUACCGAGUUUCGAAAUAGAUUAGAACGUUUUAUUCAAGAUGGCAGUGGAGAAGGAUUAUCAACCGGAACCACCUACAGAUCAUCGAGCAAAAUUUGUUUUGUAUUCCCGGGACAAGGGCAGCAAUGGGCAAACAUGGGAAAGAAGCUGUACGCUACGGAGCCUGUGUUCCGAGACACUGUUGAGAAAUGCGAUGAGGUAUUCCGCCAAGUGAGUGGGAGUUCACUUGUACAUAAAUGUAACCUGUUCAAUGGAAAUUCUAACUCGGAGUUCAUCCUCGACGAUGAGAGUAUCAAUGAUAUGGAAAUCAGUCAGCCAGCAAUUUUAUUCCUACAAAUCGCCCUCUACGAACUGUGGCGACACUGGGGUGUGUCACCAGAUGUAGUAGUAGGACACAGUCUUGGGGAAGUAGCAGCAUCGUAUGCUUGUGGUGGAUUAACACUUGCAGAAGCGGUUAAGGUUAUAUAUCACCGAAGCAAGAACCAAUCACUUCUGAAAGGUGCCGGUAGCAUGGUUGCUGUCCGAUUAUCAUUGGAAGAAGCCGAAGAUAUUUGCAGAAAUAAUGACAACUUGUAUGUUGCAGCGGAGAACGCACCCGGAUCAUUGACCCUUGCCGGGUCUGAAGACAGUAUUAUGAGGAUUGUAAAUAAUAGUGAAAUAAAAGCAAAACAACUCCGUGUUCAGUGUGCGUUCCAUACACCUCUUAUGGACCCGAUGGAAAAACGAUUCCGAAAGUCGAUGGAAGGUGCUGUAAUGACUCCUGCUGGUUCACGAUCAAUUCCAUUCUAUUCGACAUUGACUGGAACACAGUACGAUGGUGACUUUAAGACAGAGUACUGGUGGAAGAACAUUAGGAACCAAGUCAAAUUUCAACCUUCUAUUGAAAAUAUAUUAAAAGAAAUUGAAGCCGAUGUAUUUAUAGAAUGUGGUGCCUCUGCAACUCUUUUGUCCUCCGUUAAGCAAAUAGCAAAGGCGGAAAAACAAAAUGACAUCAUCACUGUUUCCUCUGGCCAAAGGCAACAGGACGACAGAAACUCUAUUUUACAUUCUCUGGGGCAGCUGUAUACAAAUGGAGUAGAUAUCAACUGGCAGAAUGUCACCAGAGAUGCUGGACAAUGGGUAGAUAUCCCCAAAUAUCCUUGGCAACAUUCUAGUCUUUGGGUGGAAGAUCCGGAUCAUCGAAAAAACAGACUUGGCCAGGACGACCGUACAUUCAAAGGUCAGAACGGUAUCUUGAACUUUAGAGUAUUUCCUUUCCUUGCUGACCACGUUGUUCAAGACCGAGUUGUUUUUCCAGCUGCUGGCUACGUAGAGUACGCACUACAGUCAUUUUUCCGUGAUGAUGAAUCACCUGUCGCUGCUAAUUUCAGCUUUAAACGUGUGUGCACAUGGCCUGACGAUAGUGACAGUAUGGAACAAGCAAAUCUGAAUCUCACGUGUACCAGGGACGGAAAUAACGUUACUGUUAUGUCUGCUGAGCAGCUUUACAGCACAUGCACAUUAUUAUCGGCAAACAGUAAUAAUUCUAAUCAUUUAGAUAUUGAAGAGAUUCUAAAAAGAUGUACAGAUCAAGAAGACAAGCAGACGUACUACGAAAAGUUUAGCUCACUUGGCCUUCAAUACGGCCCAUCGUUUCAAGUGGUAAAUAAAGUGAUGAAUGGUGAUGGAGAAUCUCUUGGAUAUCUAUGCCCAGCUGACGAUAACAAACAGCGCAUACAGGCGACACACUUGGAUGGAUCAUUCCAACUACUAUUACACAGUGUCGGCCACACUACAACUCUUUAUAUCCCAGUUGCUAUUAAACACCUCGAAAUGUACACACCAAAGAUUCCACCAUUCGAGGAAAUUCUGGUCCAUGCGAAAGUAACUGAAUGCGACAGUUAUACAUUGCUUGGUGACUUAACUAUGGCAACAAAAGAUGGCAAGAUAUUGGCAGUUAUGUCUGGUGUCAAAUGUCAAAACCUUAGUGGAAUCAAAUCGAAUGUAGAUAUAGAUAAGUGUUUGUAUCAGACACAUUGGCAACCAUCUACAUCAUGUUUGGGUAGCACCUCAGUCUUACAAGAGGUUUUUCGGAGCAUGAAGAACAGUGACCGCUACUCAGAUGAUUUAGAGAGUAUCAGAAAAGCUGAAGAGCGAGUUCCUAUCAUAAAGGGUAUAUGUGCAUCAUAUGUGCGUCAUGGUCUUGAUAAUGGUAACAAAGACACUUUUAAUUUAAAUCCACGUUAUCUCAAGUGCUUAGAAAGGAUUGCAGCAGACAAAUCAGUUUUGGAUAUAAAAUAUGAAGACAUACACUCAAAUCUAGACAAGCUCAAAGAAUACGUACCGGAGCUUGAGCAGGAAAUUGAAAUGAUAAGAAGUAUUGGAGAUAACUUUCCUAAGACUUUAGUGGACCCUGGAAGCGCAGUUAAGAUGCUAUUUCAACCUGAAUUUCUCCCAAAGUAUUUCAUUGAAUCACUUACCACGAGACUUUAUUACAAGUCAGCUGCAGACAUCAUUUCAAAGAUAAUUAAUGAUGCUUGUGAACAUAAACAGGUUGUCCGUGUGUUGGAAUUGGGGGGUCGUAUGGGAGGUCUCGCAAGACACAUAUUAGAGCCGUUAAAACAACUAGGCGAACAACAUCGAGUUGAGUAUAUAUUUACAGAUCUUAGUGCCACAUUUUUUAUGCAUGCCCAAGGUACACUCGAGGAGUAUCCAUUUGUGAAAUACAAACAGUUAGACAUAGAAGCUGAAGUAUCCAGCCAAGGAUUUACUCCUGGUUCGAUAGAUUUAGUCGUAUGCUUAGAUGGAAUGCACCCAGUGGUAGAUAUCAAUGCAACGCUUCAAAAUGUCAAAGAACUGUUAGUUGACGAUGGUCUAUUUUUAAUGUAUGAGGGAACAAAUGCUAAUUACAUUAUUGAGUUAGUGUUCGGAGCCCUUGAUCUUUGUUGGGUUUACGAUGACUUUAGAAAAGAUUGCUGCUGGCUGACAAGAGAAGGAUAUGCCCAGGCACUAAGAAACAGCGGUUUUACUGAUGUAGUAUCCGAGUCAACACCAGGAGAGUUCUUCCAUAGUGUGUUUCUUGGCCGAAGUUCAUUAACAUCUAGCGAAUCUAAAGAGAACACAAAGGACAGAAACUACAUGCUUGUCGUAGAAAAUGAACAGUGUCCAUUGGUUAAAGACAUCAAGAAGUGUCUCAAUUGUGAUGUAAUAGUCAAAACAUAUGCUGAUGUGAACUCAGGAAAUUUUAUUGAAGAAUCUCAAGGUUUGCCAUACGAACUAAUUUACUUGUGGGGAGAUAGUGAUCAUUUAUGUCAUGCACUGUUGAAAGUACUACAGAAGAUUGACAGUGACCCUGACAAAUUUACAAAACUAUGGGUAGUGACAUGUGGAUCAAACAUGACAUAUUCCAAUAUUGAAUGCAGCCCAGCCAUUGGUCUUGUAAGAGCAGUGACAAAUCAAUGCAGUACACCUGUAUUUUCAGUAGAUAUUGACCCUAGUAGUCCAGUAGCAACACAAGCCAAACUACUUGUACCCUACAUAACAGCACCAUUUUCCUUUGAGAGGGAAGUUUCAAUACGGGGUGGGUUGUAUUUCUAUCCUAGACUCGCUUCUUACAACCCAUUAACUAAAAUGGCAAUUAGUGGCCAGUCUUAUUGGCAAUUAACCCAAACUUCAAACACAGGCCUCUCUUCAAUCAGCGAUCUCGGUAUUUCGUACAGAAGUGAAAUGGUUCCAUCCCCUGGUAAAGUGCUUGUUAAAGUGAAGAGCGCAGCUUUGAAUUUCAAAGAUGUUAUGAUGGCACUUGGCAUGCUUGAUGAUUUGUUAACAUCAGAUGAAAAACCGUUCGGUCUAGAGUUGAGUGGUGUAGUUGAGACCGUUGGGGAAGGUGUAACUACGGUCAGUGUUGGUGAUGAAGUCAUUGGAAUUGGAGAACAUUGUUUUGCCUCACAUAGUAUUUGCGAUGCUCAGCUUAUCGUUAAGAAACCAUCAAAUCUAUCAUGGGAUGAAAGCGCAGGAGUUUCAAUCGUUUUUGCUACAUCAUAUCACAGUCUUGUUGAACGUGCCAAUCUACAGAAGGGGGAAACAGUCUUGAUACACUCUGCUUGUGGUGGUGUAGGAUUGAGUGCCAUUCAGGUUGCCAGAAUGGUUGGUGCAAACAUCAUUUGCACUGCCGGAACAGAGAAAAAACGCAAAUUCUUAAAAGAGACUCUUGGCAUUACACAAGUAACUGAUUCACGUUCAGAUGCUUUCUACGCUGACGUCAUGAGCUGGACAGACGGCAAAGGUGUAGACGUUGUGCUAAAUUCGUUGUAUGGUGAACUUCUUACCAAAGGAGUAAAAACUCUUGCUCCCGGUGGCAGGUUCUGCGAGAUUGGUAAAAGAGAUAUUCUUCAGAGCUCAAAUCUUAAUAUGCAAUUAUUCCUAGAAAAUAAAUCUUUUCUAUCCUGUCAAAUAGACUUUAUGGUCGAUCUGCAGAAAGACAAAGCACAGAAGCUACUACAGAAAGUAUCAUCUUUAUUCGAAAAGAGAAUACUUAAGCAUGUUCCGUAUGCUGUCCAUCCAAUCACUGAGUACAAUGAUGUGUUCCUAACAACUGCAAAGGGAUCCCAUAUCGGAAAAGUAAUAUUCUCAAUUCCAGAUAACUUUCAGCCUCCGAAGAUUAAUCAGUCAUCAAUGCUUUUCAAACAAAAUGCCACUUACGUGAUUACGGGUGCUUUCGGUGGAAUUGGUCUCGCAAUGUCACGCUGGAUUGCUACUAAAGGCGCGAAACAUGUAGUAAUGGUUUCCAGACGGGGAUGUCGAAGCUCGGCUGGUCGACGAGCAAUGGAGUUUAUGAAACGCAAAGGUGUCACGAUUUAUGAAUUUGCCACGGACCUUGGUGAGAAGAAAAAUAUUCAACAUAUGCUGGAACAAUUAAAGACCAGGGGAGCACCACCACUCAAGGGAUUGUUUCACUUGGCAGGGUACAUUGCUGCAGAAUCCCUUCAAACUCUCACUCCUGAAGAAACAGACAAGAUCCUCUACUCAAAAGCAAUAAGUGCUCAGUACUUCCACUCUCUUACUAAAGAUCAAGAUCUCGACGUGUUCUUCUUGUUAUCGUCAGUGACAUCUGUAUGGGGACAUUCCUCACAACCGAUGUAUGUCGCGGCGAAUAACUAUCUGGAUUCACUUGCUGAGCAAAGGAAACGCAAGGGACUAGCAUCUCUAAGUGUCCAGCUUGCACCCAUCCGAGGAGCUGGAUUCUUGGAAGACAAAUCGGAUAUUACCAACACAAUAGCUAUUAAAGGAAACAUCACACUUCACGUUGAAGAGUUCCUGACCUCGAUGUCAACUUUACUACAAUCAUCAAAUGUACCAGCCGUUGUAUGCCUUGCAAAUCAGAACUGGACUGAUACUCAGAAGUUUACAUAUAACGACAGCUGCAAAUACAGACACUUUGUGGAAGGUGAGAAUGUAGGAAAGACAGAUUGCUCCUUGAGCCUUGAAGAUGUAGAGAAGACUGUAAAAGAAAAGCUAGGAAAAUUGCUGUUCGUAGAACCUGAGAGUAUUGACGUUAACCAACCAAUGAUCAACUAUGGAGUCGACUCUAUGAUGGCAGUAGAAAUGGUCACAUGGGCCAGUAAAGAGCUGAAUGUGGUUGUCUCUCAGCUUGAUAUUCUAGGAGGUAUCACUACAAAGGUGUUGCUGCAGAAGGCGCUACAAAAUGAUGUUGUGUUACCUUUGAAAGAAGCUUAGAUACUAUUUCAGCUAAGUUGAUAUUAUUGAGAACUGUUUAGAAGUGAUGAACUCUGAUGAAAUUACAUUUGCAUUGUUAAAUAGGCAUAUACAUAUUUAUCUAAAAUUAUAAUAAUUAUAUACGUUAUAUAUCAGUACGAAAUAUAUAUUCCUAUAAAUAAAUAUUAUGUAUGUACAUAGGCCUAUAUAUACACGAUGGCUACAUCUCGGUUGAAAAAUUUUGAAUGUAAACGUAAAGUUAAGCAGCCAGUCUUAGUCUUUUUUCAUCAUUAUAUAUAUACAGGGUCGGAUUUAGGUGGGGCCGGCCCGGCCCCGGCCCCCCCUUUUGGGAGGUGAAAAAAAGAAAAAAAGAAGGAAAAAGAAAAAAAUGAUAGCCCACAACGCC